CGUAUGGCGUCGAGGAUGACAUUCCGGCUGGAUGAAAUCCGAUUGAACCGGAGAGGCUAAUUUGCAUCGCUAGCUUAUUCACCCACUCUGUCACAUCACGCCAACCAAACAAGCCCGGACAUGGCCGGGCGUGCCAUGCUGACGUCUGCCUUAAGACGGUCUCCGUCGUGCUCGCUGUUGCUGAGGGCAUCAGCUCCUGCACGAUCGAUCAACAGCAAGUCUGGCGUUGUCCACCGAGCGGCUCCAGCGCCGACAGCGACGCCAUCGCUCCAGUCUGCGAAUGCCCCACCACCAGCUCCUUUACAAGGACAAGGCAAGUCCACGCUGCAGCACAUCCACCAUGAACGUUCCGGCAUCUCUGUCUUUGUCCAUCCAACCACGAUCUCCCUCGCCUCGCCUCAGCAUGGCAUCCACGAGCCCGUCCACUUUGACCAUGUGUGGCUUCGAGACGCGUGCAUAGAGCCAAACAGCGUCCAGCCCGACACCAAGCAGAAGCUCUUCCACACCUCGGACAUUGCCAUUCCAGACUCACGAGGUCUCCUUGCCGGACCCGACGCUGUUCGGCUCCUGGAGGAAGGCGAUGAAGAGCUGCCCCGAUUGCAGCUCUCCUUCGCUCCGGCCCAUGCAGUAACCAAUGCGUUUUCUGCAGCCUUUUCUUCCGUGCCGCCAUCAUCGGACAAGCCACACAUUUCCCACUUACCCUUGGCCCUGCUCCUUGAGCACGCCCAGCCGGCUUUGUACGCGUCAAGCCAUGGCGACAUUGGCGGUGCAGCAAGAUCGUGGGCGGCCAAGGAUCUCUCACCCGCUUUUGCCCGCUCGCCGAGCCCUCCAAGAGCUCAAGACGUAGUGCCAGGAGAACGCAUGGACGUCGAAGCGGCUACAUCGAGGCCUGCCCGCCUGACGUGGGCCUCGCUGCUCUCGGCCAAGGAUAGUGGCGGUGAUGCAAAAGCCGAGGCAACAGCAGCACGCUUCGCCCUGGUCAAUUCUCUCAUGCGCGACGGCAUCGCUUUCGUCACGAGCCUUCCAACCGACACGACUGGGAACGAAGUGGACGCAUCGUCGCCUACAUCUCCCUCCCUAGCCCGUCUGGCCGAGAUGCUCGGUGAGAUCCGCCACACCUUCUAUGGGCCUCUUUGGGAUGUGCGCUCGCUCGGCUCUACAUCACGUAACAUCGCCUACACGAAUCUAGACUUGGGUCUGCACAUGGACCUCCUCUACUUCCAGAACCCACCGCGUUUCCAAUUCCUGCACAUGCUGCGAAAUGAGGUGCGAGGUGGCGAGAGCAUCUUCGUCGAUAGCUUUGCCGUGGCUCAGAAGAUGUGGGACGAUCAUCGCGACCAGUUCCGGGUCCUCGCAGAGACGCCUGUCGGCUUCCACUACCAAAAUGACAACCGCCACUACCGCUACACACACCCGACCUUUGAGCUGGCAACAUCCUCGUCGGGCCACGCCGGCCCCUCUUCCGCGGCGACCACGAUGCCGAGACUGUGCGCUGUCAACUACUCGCCUCCGUUCCAGUCGCCGCUUCCGCCGCCCACAGCGGACCGUGAGCGGUUCUACGAGGCUCUCAAGACGUUUGCCGAUCUGACGCUGUCGGACGAGUUCCGGUACGAGCGCACCCUGUCGCCAGGCGAAUGUGUCAUCUUUGACAACCGGAGGGUGCUCCACGCGAGAAGGGGGUUCGAGUGGGAUGAAACAGAGAACAAGCAAGGAGGACAGAUAAAAAGGUGGCUGAAAGGCUGCUACGUCGAUGGCGAUGCGAUCUGGAGCACCUAUCGCACGCUUUUGGCAAAAGCUCAACCAAAGGGCAAGCUCGGUCUCUGAUGCAUGGGCGUAAUAAUGGUAACUUGUUAAUACACA